AUGAAGAGAACUUUGAGCUAUCUGCUUCUUCUGUCUGUAUUCCUUUUGGUGUGUGUGACAGUAAAUGGUGGAGAUCCUACUGAUGGAUUCACCCUUGUCCCUCUCACAGAUGCAAAUUUUGUGAUCCAAAAACCAUAUAACAUUCCAUUAGACCAAAGGUAUAGCUUCAAAGACGGAGUCCAUUGCAUGCGGGUCUAUGCUAAUGACAAGCCUCACAAUCCUAACAGCCAUACUCAGCCACGCACAGAAAUUCGCACCCAAGGGCUUGACUAUCACACAGGGGUAUGGCAAUUUGAAGGGUAUGGUUUUGUGCCAAAUGGAACAUCUGGGGCUACAGUGGCACAGAUUCAUGGUGCAUCCCACGGCGCUACCACAAUAAUACUGAGGAUAUACGAUGGGAAUAUGUGGUACUACAGUAGUAAUUUAGUUGCUGAGAAUCUCUAUGAUAAGUGGUUCAGGCUUAACCUAAUCCAUGAUGUGGAUUGUGGCAUUGUUACUGUGUUCGUCAAUGGAGAGAAGAAGUUUGAGACGAAGGAUAAAGGACCUGGUGACUUGUACUUCAAAUGUGGGGUCUAUGCAGCUCCUGCUCAUAUAAGCUAUUACAUGGAAUCAAGGUGGAGAGACAUAAAAAUCUACAAAAAGUGAUGACUUGAUUAUAAUAUGAAGUGCACUAAACAUGUAUGAUUUUUAAUCCUUGUUACUUGUUAGUAUUUCAUACCAGAGUUAUAGGAUGUUUUCCCCAACUAGGGCAGUUUUUUGUACUAGAACAAGAUCAGCUUAUGUCAGAAUAUUUAAGUUUGAUUGAACUUGAGCUGAUAUAGGAAAUCAUAUAUAAGAUAAAGUUGAACUUAAUAACUGCUGUAUAGUAAAGUUGAGCAGUGACUUAUACUUCAA